AGCAGCUGGAAACGUCUUCUUGUUUUCAUUUACAAUUCUGUCAACCCGCCUGUGUAUAAAAUAGAAAGAAUUCAAUUUCGCUAAAAUGUUUUGUUCUUAAAUUGAUCAUCAGUGUCAUUUACAGCUGCAAAUAAAAAUUAAGAAAACAUACAAAAAACAUGGCAGCUGCUAAAUUUGAAGAUGUUAAGAAGGAAAUACGAAGUUUACUUAUAUCAUACCAGAAAGGUACUUCUUUAUCCGAAUUCAGGAAGGAGUACCGUGGCAUGAUCGGAAGAAACUUGCCUUUUCAAGAAUUUGGAUAUAAGGAUGAACAUUCAUUUUUAAAGGCUAUGCCAGAUGCAGUUAGAGUUUUUCCUUCUCCCGUACCUGGUGAUUUUCACCUAUUCGGAGUUGCGGACGAAAGUAUUAAACAUAUUCAGAAAAUGGUUGUCAAGCAAAAAGCGUCCAAGCAUAAAACUAGAUACAGAGCGCCGAACAAAGUCUCUAAUGCUUACAGCUCUGCACCGUCCUAUGCAUCUAACUACGGUUCCACCAGAGCAAGUAACAGGUCUUACGAAAUGCCUCCGAGGUUUAUAAAAAAAGAACUUCCGCAGGGGUUGGACCGAUACGUCAUUCAAAUGUUGAAUAACUAUCCAAAUGGAAUAAAGCUCAACGAGUUUCUGGAUUUAUUUUGUGUUCAUUAUAAGAGACAAUUUCAUUUUCGGGAAUGGGGCUUUUCCACCCUAGAAGAAUGUCUAGAAACCGUGCCUGGUAUCAAUGCGAGGAAUAAAAACAACAAUAUUAUUAUACAUCUAGUUGCAAGUAACUCACAAUUAAGCCACCAUGCUCACACUGCUGCUGUGAAACAAGACUCUGUCUGUACAGAUCAGCCUUCAAAGAAUAUUCAGCCUUCAAAGAAUAAUCAGCCCAUAAAUAAUCAGCCUUCAAAGAAUCAUUCACUAGCAUCUCAUGCUGAAUCAUCAACACUAAAUAAAGCAGCUCCUGAUUUUUUUGAUCGUGAUUUUAAGAAAAAUGAUACAAGUAAUCAGCCAACAAGGAAUCAUUCACAACCAUCACAUCUUGAAUCAUCAACACUAAAUCCAAAGCCUCCUGACUUUUUUGAUUGUGAUAUUAACAAAAAUGAAAACAAGCGAAGCACCAAUGCACCUUCAGAUAAUUUUCUCAUUAAUAGAAUGAUACAAGAUAGUUAUGCACAAAAAGUCCUGAAAGAAAAAGAAAAUAAGUUUGAAGAACCUUUACAGCUUGAAGGUCUUAAAAGUCUCACAGAAUCAACUAACACUCCUACAUCAUCAUCUCACAAGAUCCGUGAUCAUGAUAUCACAUUCACUUCAAAAGCAGACCUUUUGGAUGAUUUUCCAUUGCAUAAUUUUAAGGACAACCCAACGAACCAUUUAUUGGAUGACAAAUAUCCAUUUUCAUUUGACUCUCCUUUAGUUAAAGGAGGCAAUCUUGUAUCUGGAAUUGUGAGAAAUAACCUGAUUAAGAUGAUUGGCAACUAUCCUCAAGGAAUAUUUGCAGUCCACUUUUCAUCUUGUUAUGAGAAGUGCACAGGCAAGCCGUUUGAUUUGCACAGUCUUGGAUUCAAUAAUCUGUCUGAACUAAUCGAUGCUGUUCCUGAUAUUUUGGUGCGUAAGCCGCUGAAAGGUAGUAAAAAGGAUUGGGUCAUAUACUCUGCAGAAUCUACCAUGAACGAAGCCACUGUUGAAUCUGGACCAGCAGAAGUUAGUGUUUUGUUUGUUGAAUGCAUAAUUUUAAACAUUCGAAAAAUAUUACAAGCCAAUCCUGAAGGGAUUCCCAUCUCCAAUUUUAUCCACCAUUAUUGUAUAAAUUGUACUGAGCCACUUUAUGUAAGGGAUCUUGGUUUUGACAAUUUAGAAAAUUUCUUGCUGAGUAUAGCUUCUCGUGUCCCUCUUGAAAUCACUUUUAUUGAGGGAGAAAAAGUUGUCUCACUUAGUAGUUUCCAAGAAAUUAUACGACCACCUGUAUGUCCUUUGCAAAAGCCUGCAGGCAUAGCUUCUUUAGAUGCAAAGUUUAAACCUUACGAACUGCCGUCAGAUUUUGAUUUUUCCAAGUUUUGUCCUGUGUAUACAUCAUCCAUUGCUAAUCCUGGACUUCUCUAUAUUCAAUUUGUUGGAGAAGAAACUAGUGAAGCUUUAAAAAUUUUAUAUGAUGAAAUAGAUACAUUUUAUAAUGGGGAAUCCAGUGAUUUAUACAGAAUGAAACCUUCGGACAUCAAACCCAAUACUCUUUGUAUUGCCCUUUGGCCCUCUGACAAGCAGUGGUAUCGGGCACAUAUAACAGCAAUAGUCUCUCUUGACUUUGUACAGGUCUUUUAUGAUGAUUAUGGUACAACAGAUGAAAUACCUAUGAACAUGUUAAGAUACAUUAAGAAAGAUUUUAUGGAACUUCCUACUCAAGCUGUGAAAUCUAGGAUGGCAUACUUGAAGCCUACUGCCACACCUGGACAGGGUACUCCCAUGUGGGACAAAAGAACUCGUAGAAAAAUGUUGGAUUUAUGUCAAGACAGACCAUUGAUGGCUAAAAUAGAAAACAUUAAGGAUGGAGUUUUGGCUGUGAUUUUAUGUGAUACAAGUAGAGAAGAUAUGGAUUUAUAUAUUAAUGAUGUAUUAAUAGAGGAAAAACUUGCUGAAGUAUGCGGAGAAUCCGAUGAACCACAGCAACAAGUGCCUGCAAGUACACCUGAUCCAAAUAUGCAACAGCUCAUAGAACUCAUGAAAUUAAUGGCUUCCAAUCCUACUUUAGCAAACCAGCUCCAGAGUUUAUCUUCAAAUGUCUCAGCCGUUCAGACACCAUUUAUAUUUGCUCCUCAGCAAUCCCUACCUCCUAUGUCGCAACAAUUUCCAAAUAUAUCUCCUCUUAUUAGUCCGAAAUUUAAUGCAUCCAUUCCUAGUUUUGGUGAUAGUCUGACUCCUGCUAUUCCGCCUCCAAAAUAUCCUCCAGGAUUGAACAUUCCAGGAGCAGCUGGGAAUGUUCCAAAGACAACUGACAUUUCUGAACUUUCAUCAUUUGACACUUCUCCGCCUUUGACUCCUUCACCAGAUGAUGAUGAGUUGUUUGAUGACGAUGAUGAUGAAUAUUUUGAACAGUUGUUAUGCCAGAAAAAUAUCAAUACCAAAAAGCGUCACGUUAAAAGAGUGAAAACCACAGAUGGAUAUGUCUUUCAUGUGUUACUCUUUGAUUCACAACCUUAUAUUUCUAGUGGUGAUAUUUCCGUCCUUAUUUGGCAUGCUAAAACUCCAUCUUAUCUGUUUCAUAAAUUGCAGGCUCAAGAAAUUGAACUUGCCUCUGUUACACUGAUGGAAAAUGGAAAUGAAGAAUUUUUUGCUCAACUUGAAAGAUUUAAAGUGAAAGGUGUUGAAAAAAUGGGGAGUGAAGCAUCUAUUUUGUUGUAUCCUCUUUCAAAGGGCAAUCAGAUUUUGAAUCUCUUUGGGCAUCCAUCUGCAACUCUUCGUGCAAAGAUUAACACAGAAUUAGUAACUUUCAGUCCAUCAUCGUCCCAUUGGCAAGAGUUAUCUGAUAGUGAAAAACCUGAGGAAUUGGAAGAUGUUCGAAUAGUUACAGAUGAUGAUAAAAUGAAUAGACUUUGUCUCUAUGAUUUGAAAACAAUGAGGGAGGGCAUUCGAUGCAAAAGGUUAAAACUUGUAAAAAGAAGAGAGGUUGAUAGGACAAAUCCUGACCUGGAUGAAGAGAUUAAUAAGCUGAAUCAACUCUCGAAUAAGGUUCGAGAAAGAAUUGUUGAGAUUGAACAAAUUAUCUCAAUGUUCUCUGUUCAAAAGAAAAACUGAGCUGAUUUUGUUGGUAAAAGCUCUUACCAAAGUGAUAUCCAAAGUUACCUGUCUAAGCUGUGAUUUGUUGGAUGAUCAAAACUUUAUUAUUGACUUAAUGUUUAAUUUUAUUGAAUAUCAUUAUUCAUUGUAAAAAAAUUAGUAUUGUAAAAUAUCAUCCAUCCUGCAUCAAGUAGAAGCUCAUGUAGAUGUUCUAAAAUUUUUGUAGUUAUCAUUAUGUUACAAUUUUGUAUCAUUUGCCAUUAAAAUUUUGUUCAUA